AUGACCACUAUACCACGCGUCCCUGUUCAUACUCACAAAUCCGUUAGAGAAACCGUUCUCAUCCCGCUGGAGGAAGUGAAAUCCGCUGGCAUUAAACUUUGUAACGGACGUUUGGAACCGCGAGAGAGGCCCUCCGGUGAUCGGUCCAUCAAUGUCGUUUACAUUGUCGCUACUUUAAAUAAGGGCAAGUUGGCCAAUAUGGAUGAAGAUAUGCGGAAAAAGCUCCACACGAUUCGCUUCGGCAAGUCGGCAGCUUCGAUCAACUUCCUCGGCACUUAUGGUCUGCCGGUCUCCUCCGGUCAACCUGCCCAGCCGAAAGGCUUUUUUCAAGGCGUAAGUGGCGCCGCCGGGAAGACGGGUCGCAUUGGGAACGCUUUUACGGCCGUUCAAAAUUUCCAACUUCAGACAACCCCACGAAUGGCCAUAGGCAACGAGCUGGCCUCCGCGAUCACCAACGCGGACGUGCAUAUUUUUGGUGGGCAGGAAGCGUGCCCGGACAUGGAGACUGAACCGGCAUAUGAACCAAAUUAUAUUGCCUACUUUUAUGCUACCCAAUCUCCUGUGGAACAGAGCAAGCGCUACUGCAUCGCGAAGACCCCCGGACUUAUGGUGGUCAAAGAGGCAGUUGACGAGGCCAUAAAAAGAAAUGAGCAUCGUCACCGGGAACGCGACGACUGGACUGGUGGCAAAGUUCUUCAAGAGCUGGGAAUUGUCGAGAGCGACUCCAAUUGGCACCCAGAGCUUGGCCCCGCGAACCAGGACCGAUUUUUCUAUUCCGAUCAGGGUUAUAAAAAGCUGGACUUGCCUCAAGCGUGGUUUGAAAUUGUCACCGCUGAGCACGCCCCCACUUCGUCGCUCGACGGCCACUCCUCCGAGGAGGUUUGA